UUUAUUUUGUAACUCUUACAGGAAGUUUUUCUUCUGGAUCCGACUGGUGGAGUUCGUGCCAUAUGACAUGUUCUAUGCUAUAUCUUACUAGCAGUAGACAGGUUGUUAUUGUGUCUGCUGAAUUGUGACAAACACCAUGUGAACCCGUGUUGCGGCAGAUGCAGAGCACCAUGGGUCGGACCAAUAGCAGUACUAUCUCCCAUAGCAUUCCAGUGGUCGGGGUGUGCCUUGCUGCUUUGCUCCUCAGCAAUGUCUUGAUCUACCUGUAUCUGGACUCUGUGUAUCAGACUGAUCAGCAGCCGGUGUCCUCUUAUGUAGGCUGUGGGCCUAGACACUUUAAAAUGACGACCAUGAAAAACUGCACCCCCUGGCUCCAGUGUUCACAGAUAAAUGCUGAAGUUCACAAGCUGAAGCUGAUUGGCCAGGGCGCCGUUAAGAAGGUCUAUCUGGCAGAGUGGAGGAGUCAGAAGGUGGCUCUAUCCAAACUAGCCUCUCUGGAUUACCUGGAUGAUUUUCUCCAUGGACUGUCCAUGUUAGAGGCCCUACAGAGUCCCCUGGUGGUGCAGUUGGUGGGGUUUUGCCUCGAAGACCACACCCUGGUCACGGAACACCACCCACUUGGUUCACUGCUUAACUUGGAUGCUGUUCUUGCACAGGAGUGGCACCAACAACACAACACGUGGCAGAUCCGACUGAGGUUGGCUACAGAUUAUGUCGCCAUCCUCCAUUACCUUCAUAACAGCCCAGCUGGGCGGCGGGUUAUGUGUGAUUCCAACAGCCUGGAGAAAACUCUCUCUCAGUUUCUGCUGACUAGUGACUUUCAUCUGGUAGUUAAUGAUGUGGAUGCGCUGCCCGAGGUAGACCCAUCCAGAGGUCUGUUUGUGAAAUGUGGCCACCGGGAGCUCACAGGGGACUUUGUAGCCCCAGAGCAGCUGUGGCCAUUAAGAAACCAAGGGAAGCCAUUUUCAGACGAUCUCAUGCAUGAGUAUGAUGAGAGGACAGAUAUCUGGAAGAUCCCAGACGUGACAUGGUUCCUAAUGGGAAGGGUACCUGGAGGGGAUUUAGUCCACUUCCAUCUCUUUCAGAUCCAUGAGGAGUGUAAGAAGGAAGACCCUAAGCUCCGCCCUUCAUCUCUGGAUGUUUUGAAG